AUGGCUGACACAGAGGUUUACGAUGUCAUCAUCGUGGGCGCCGGUCCAUGCGGACUGGCGACCGCCGCCCGCCUCCGCGAGCAUACGCCCGCUGCGCUCUUCACGGAUGAAGAGCAUCGCAGAUUUCACUGGAUCGGGAAAUAUGGAAACAAGGUUAGCUUGAAGCAUGUUCGGAGUGGAAAGACGUCUCCGCCACGGCGCAAGACACGACCAGAAUACAAGAUGAUGGUUCUUGACGGCACGGACGACAAGUGGCUAGGCCGUUGGAAUGAACUCUUUGGGCUGUACGAUAUUUCCCAUCUGAGGAGCCCAAUGCUGUGGCAUGUCGAUCCCCUUGAUCGCGAUUCCUUGCUGGCCCAUGCGUACUCUGAGAACCGGGAAAAUGAGCUGGUUGAGAUUCGCAACUGCGUAGGCAAGGAGAUUAGCAAGCAUGCAAAGAAGAAGGCGGGAAGUCGGCAUUGCGGCAAAAAUAUAAUCAGAAAGGACAUGCUGGUAGAUGUUGACUAUGGUCUCGUGCGAGGAGUGUCGGUUGAAGACCAAAGCCUGUUCACAGUCACGACUUCUUCCGGCCGCUUGUACUCCAAAACGCUGGUUCUUGCCGUGGGCGCUGCCAACAAGCCUGACGUUCCUAGAAUGCCAUCUAUGCCCAAGGACAUGCAGAAUCUCCGUCAAGCCUGCCACAGCAUGCAAAUCAAGACGUUUCCCGACCCAAUUGUUCAGCAACGAAUCGCAGCUGGUCAGCGAACCAACGUUCUCGUGGUAGGCGGCGGGCUGACAUCUGCUCAGCUCUCCGACCUUGCGAUUCGCAGGGGCGUAACCAAAGUGUGGCAUAUGAUGCGCGGACCAUGCCGGGUGAAGCAUUUCGAUGUUGAUCUUGAGUGGAUGGGCAAGUACAAGAAUACAGAGCAAGCGCGGUUUUGGCUCGCCGACUCGGACGAAGAGAGACUGGAGAUUAUCAAGGAGGCAAGGGGUGGCGGUAGCAUCACACCUCUUUUCCACAAGCGCCUACGGAAGCACGUCGCGUCGGGACGACUGGAACUCUUUGAGCGAACAUGUCUGCUCGACACAACGUUUGUACAAGGUGAAGACGGUGCCGGCGGCCUGUGGACGGUCGCAACAGACCCGCCCGUGGCCGAUAUGCCAUCUUUCGACUACAUCUAUUUUGCCACCGGGAUCCAGACCGACGUGACCAAGUUGCCUUAUCUGAAGACGAUGCGGGAAAAGUAUCCAGUCGACAGCUACGGGGGCUUCCCUUGCAUCAAUGACGAUUUAAUGUGGAACGACGACGUUCCCUUGUUUCUCCUGGGAAGGCUGUCUGCGCUGAGGCUGGGACCGGCCGCUCCCAAUAUAGGUGGCGCGAAGCUGGGGGCCGAACGAGUCGCCUGGGCCAUUGAAGCCACAAUCAGGCCUUCUGGGUGGGAAGAAGAGCAAGAGGAGCAAGAAGAGAAGAAUGGCGGCAUGGCAGGCUAUCUUUCUGGCCAUGGGAAUAUGUAUAGCGCUCUUGCGACGGAAGUCAGCUAA